AUGGAAAUCGACAUCGAGUCCUCCAGCGAACGCCCAUCCGAUGGCACUGAAAAGGCCGGCGACACAGACACGAGCUUCUCGUCAACGGACUCCUCCGAGCAGGUAGCGAACUCCGCAAAUCGCCUCCUGAAGCUCGUUGGCCACUACUCGGAGAAGAAGCUUAACCGCCAAAGCAGUAUCUUCAAGAGCGAGCCGCCAAACCCACAUCUCAAGGAGCUCGCCAAGCUCAGCACGUACCCGAACAGUCCAGAACUGCAUUGGAAGGAGGCGAACGAAGAAGUGCAGAGACAAGUCGACCGCCUCUCACACCACCACAAAAGCCCAGCGCACUUCGUCCAAGGGAACUUCUCGCAAGCCCAUCCAGGCGAGAAAGUAGGCCGUGUCUGGAUCCCUUUCGACCCGAACGAGAACCCCAACAUCGGCAACUCCACCCACAUUGAAACGAAGCACCACAAGUUGACGGAACAAGUCGUCCGUAUCAUCCAAGGCCAAAUUGAGGAUACGCGACAGACGUUUGACAUCAUGGCCUCACAUCCCGGUCGAUUCCCGACGGCGGCUUGGCUUGGUUAUGAGGGGCUGAAGGAGGAGAGGCAGGCGCAUGCAGUUUUGGCUUUGAGGUGGAAAGGCGUGGAAGUCUGUGAGUGGUGCGAGGAUGCGGAGCGUUGGGAGGUGUUUUUUGAGUAUCCGGAUGUGAAGACUGGGGUGUAUUUGGGCCAUCCUGAGUGGAGAGCAGAUGUUGUUGUGGGUCGUUGA